GGGGCUCGCCCCACUCCCGCCCAGCGCAGCCGCCGCGGCGGGGCCGGCACCUCCCCAAGUGCCGCACCAUGGGCAGCCAGGGCUCCAAGGCGGCGGGCGGCGACCCCGACACCGCCAAGGCCAACGGGCAGGAGAACGGCCAUGUGAUCUACAACGGGGACAUGACGCCCAAGGCGGGGGUCGAGGUGGCCCCGCAGAACGGGAACGGCUCGGCGGAACCCCCCAAGGAGGAGAGCGAGGGCGAAGCGGGCGGCGCGGACGCCAUCGAGCCCGCCCCGGCCGCCGCCGACGGCGCCGAGCCCAAACCCGAAGGCGCCGCGGCCCCCAAGGACGCCCCCAAGAAGAAGAAGAAGUUCUCCUUCAAGAAACCCUUCAAGCUGAGCGGCAUCUCCUUCCGCAAGAACAAGAAGGAAGCCGGGGACUCCUCCGGCUCCUCGCCCACGGAGGAGCAGGGCAGGAGCGAGGAGACCCCGCCGGGGGGGCUGCAGCCCUCGGCUCCCCCCGAGGAGGGGCCGGCCGAGGAGCAGGAGGGCGGCGAGCCCAAGGAUGGAGGAGAAGCCGCGGGCAGCCAGGAGGAGGAGAAGCAGCAGCAGCAGCAGGGAGGGGAGAGCCACGGAGACACUGCCAAACCCGAGGAGCCCUCGAAAGCCGCGGGGCCGGAGCCCGCAGCGAGCCCGGCGGCGGAGCAGAAGGAAGAGUAGAGGCCACUCGGGCAUCGUCCUCAGCGGGGACUCUCACGCCGCCCUCCGACCCUCCCUGAGCAGCCCGGAUCGCCACGGACUCGCCCACACCGCCCCGGCCCCCUAGGACUGACAGCACGCCCCGCGCACCCCCGCCCUCGCAGGUAUUUCUCUCCCCGUCCCUGGUAGAAAAGCUGGUUUGGAUUCCCACCACCGCCGCCACUUGGAGUAGUUCGAGCUGAAUUCCUUGGGAAAAUGAAAAAAAAAAAAAAACCAACAAUAACAACAACAACAAAAAAAAACCCAACUGGGGGAGGAAGAUUUGUCCCGGACGCCCCUGGAGUUUACAGUUUGUGAGAACCCGGAUCCCAAAUCCUGCUCUGGAUCUCUCCAGCCUCCAGACUGUCCCCUCUCCUCCCGCUCCCACUGACUGUUCAAUGGAAUUUUUGAUUUUUUUUUUUUUUCCCGUUUUGUAUUUUUUUUUUUUCUUUAUUUCUCAGUUGACAUUCCUGGUUCUGACUUUUCGUUUCAAGUAUUUCGUGCUUUUUAUAUAGAAAUCGAUGGUUUAAAAAGCUAAUCUGGUUAGUUUUUUAUAAUGUCUUCUCUUGGCUUAAAACCAUAAAGCUUGUAAGUCCGCUGUGUUUAAUUCUGCUUUAAGGGAUAACUUUUAGGGUGUGGGGUGGAGAGAGGGGGCCCUGCCAGCUGUAUAAUGUGAAGCCAACGUUGUUUUGUUUUGUUUUGUUUUUUUUUUCUCUGUAAAUAAUUUUUUUAAUGGCCAAAAAAAAAAAAAAAAAACAACCGCUUGAUUUGCAAUUUUCUAACUUGUAAAAAAAAAAUAAAAAAAAAAAAAAAGAAGGAAAAAAAAAAAAAAAAAAAAACCAACCA